GGGAGACCGGAUAUAGUGAAUGUAGGGUCUGGCGAGACCAGAUACAGUGGAUGCAGGGUCCUGGGAGACCAGAUAUAGUGAAUGCAGGUCCGGGGAGACCAGAUAUAGUGAAUGCAGGGUCCGGGAGACCGGAUAUAGUGAAUGCAGGGUCCGGGGAGACCGGAUAUAGUGAAUGCAGGGUCCGGGGAGACCGGAUUAUAGUGAAUGCAGGGUCCUGGGAGACCAGAUAUAUAAUGCAGGGUUCGGGGAGACCGGAUAUAGUGAAUGCAGGUCCGGGGAGACCGGUUAUAGUGAAUGCAGGGUCCGGGGAGACCGGUUAUAGUGAAUGCAGGGUCCGGGAGACCGGUAUAGUGAAUGCAGGGUCCAGGAAGAUCAGA